GGCGUAUCUAUUGAAAUCUGGAAACAAUCUGAUCCAGCGAUGCAGUAGUUAUACACUAAGGUUUUCUAUAAAAACUCAAAAUGAAUUGUAAAAAAGAUUAUAAAAAAGAGAUCACCAAUUCACCAUGAAAGAGAUCUCUCCAAUUUCUUAGCUCAAAGCAAAAUAAGAAAAUUCAUUUCUUCUCUCUCUCUCCCUCUCUUUCUCUCUAGAGAAGACUUUCUCUCUCUAGUUUCUUGAAUUUUCCGGUAUACCUUACGAUCGCAAGUAAAAUUUAAGGCCGAUCAAAGAAACAUGGGAAGUACUUUCUUUGGUAGACCAAACGUGGUGGGAUCUUCGCCGCCUUCAUCGUCUCCGACGUCAUCCUCUUCUUCUCCAGCGACAAGAAGAGGGAAGAAGAAUGGCUCCGAGAAGCCGAAGCAGCCACAGAGAGGUCUUGGAGUAGCACAAUUGGAGAAGAUUAGAUUACAUGGCGAAAUGAGUUGCAAUAGCUUCAACAGUUAUAACCCUUCUUUGUAUCCUCAGGAGGAUGUGAGGAUGCAAGGAGGAUAUUCAUCCAUACCAUCACAAUCUUCGGCUCCUUAUGGUUUCUAUCCAAAUAUGAUGAUGGGAGUACAUAGAGAUCAAUACGACAGAGCAACCAUGAGCUGGAAUCCAAGCUACGGCAUCUUAGAGAGCCAACAUUCUUUGGAACCAAACAUCACCAGACAUUUCUUAAACGAGGUUCUUACUCUAUACCCUCAAACAUAUAUAUAUAUAUGCAUCAUGUCAAAAUUAGUAAUAAUGUUACUCACUUGAUCAUCUUUAAUUAGUUAAGGGGUUAACGUUGAAUUAUAUUGUUAGUGAACACGUUCAUUCACAUGAUCAUUAGUUCCAAAAAAGAACCAAUCAAUUUUACUUAUCUUGCGACAGAAUUUGUUUCAUUUUGAUUUUUGGCUUACCGUUGUUCAUUGUAACCAUGGUUCAAAUGUUGGUUGACAUUAUUUAAAGUCUUAUAAAUUGUAGAGGAUUUGUAAACAAGUGAUUCUAAUAAAAACAAAAUAAAUUUUCCUUCAAAUAUAGGAUCCAAGCUCGACAACAAGGCGGAGUAAAUCUUUGGGAUCGGGAAUCCAACACUCGGGAUCGAGUGAAAAUCAAGAGGUGGACUUGGAGUUGAGAUUGUCACUUUGACCAUUACUUUGUAAUGGUUUGGUCUUUAUGAAAUUGAAAAGAAGUCGUAUCAUUUCAAUAUGGUAUCAAAUUUCUUAAUAUUGUAGGAAUUGUAUGAUUGUCUCAGUAGAAAAUAUUUAAAGAAUGGAAUUUAUUUGUACAUUUUGGGGGAAAUUAUAAGAUAGAUUAUAUAAAUUGCCUCAUAGAAAUUAUGCAUGUUAUUAGUUAUACAUCAUAGGUACAC